AUGGCUCAGAGCUGGGAUUCAGUCCAGACGGAGCGCGCGCGGGGGAGCGGGGCGCCGGGGACGCGCGUGCCCGAGUGGGAGCGCGCGCGCGCGCCCCCAGGGCUUCCAAAGAGAAGUUGCUGCGCGGCCCCCGGAGGCCUCGGGCAGAGCCUGGGGGCCGCUCCUCCGCCAGUGCCUCCUCCCGCCGCGGCCCGGGUGCGGGCUUCCCGGGGCUCGGGGGCCUCCGGGCGACCGCCCGCGGCCCCGGCGGCGCAGCUCCCCGCCCCCAUCGCCGUGCCCGCCUUCCUGACCCGCCCUCACCUCUGGGGGCUGCGCUCGGGCUCCGGCGGCCCGGGGACCCAGGCCAGCGGCGCCUCCGGGCCGGGAGGGCGGCCAGCUCGCAGGCGCGGCGGGCGCCGAGCUGAGCCCGGGGAGUGCCGCCUGCCUGCCCGGUCCCCUGGGAGUGCCCCGCCCGAACGUGCCCGGGAAGUGAGGCUCUGCCGCGCCGCCCGGCCUGGGGAUCGGGGUGACCUUCCUGCCCGCUCCCCGCGCUCUUCUCGUCUGUGCCUCCCGGCGUGGCCCGUCCUACGUGGGAGAGGACGCCGAGGCGAGCACACCUGGAGCGCAGCAACGCCGUACCUGGGUGACAACAGCGUGACGUUUCAGCGCGUCUUCUCUCAUUUGAUCCUGGCAAACACCUUCUGCCACGGAAAGGCCCACAAGCCUACUGCAUCCCGGAGAAUAGAGCUGCCCCCUCAAGCCCCUGGGCACCGACUUCCCAGCCUGACCGCUGUUCAGCCAAGCUCUUGUGAUGCAGCACAGAGGGCGACACGAUUCUCAGGAGCCAGAGCCUUGGAACAGCUGCCAGGCAAGGCCUCCUUUCAUUGGCUGUUCCCCUCCCAUGGAUAUGAGGGGAUCCUCUGAGCUCGUAGACACUGGCGGCGUCCUUGUGAUCAUCAUCUCGAACAAAGGAGCAACAAGUCCGGAGCAGAGUUGCUGGGAUGAGAUCAGAGCAUGACAUUGCUUGUACCUGUUGAUCAAAAUCAUGGUGUCAGCACAGCAUCUGCUCAGUCCUCCGAGGCCCAGUUCGCUUACCAGAAGAGGUACACCUGAAAAGCUUCAUUGAAUUACUGAGCAUGAGCCCGCUCUUUCUGCUCGCGAGCCUGUCAACACUUCAGCCAGCGGACAGCCAGCGGAAAGUUCCUGGGAACUGUCUUGGGCGUUUGGCAGGCGCGCCCAGGGCCAACUGUGUAACCCUCCGGGCUGUUGGGAUUGGAAUUGCUCUUUUAGGAGUGCAGGGCUGGAACAAAGAGGCCCUGUUGGGUAUUUCCAGAUUCUGGAAGAACUCUGCCUUUAAUGAUGGUGUAGAGUUAAUGUGAUCUAAACUUGCCAUACUCACAGGUUUGUUGUGUUUUUUCUUUGAUUUUACUUUUUUCAAGCUGAGCUUAUGAGGCAUAUACUUGAAUCGGUCAUGCACUCACAAAAGGGGUCUGUCUACUCCACAGAGGAGUUUAGAUGCUGUUCCCAGCCCGGCUGUGGCAUAAACCUGCCCUGGUAAAGCAGAAAGGCAUAGGGUAUGGAUUAUAAAGAAUCUUCAUUACCCUCAAUAAUGAACAACAUUUAAACAAC